UCAGGAGUACGUGCAGGCCAGGAAAGCACCCUAACCCUAACCCUAACCGCCUACCACGCUGUUCAUCGACGAGGCGAAGUCAAACCAGAAGAGACCGUGUUUCUCUUCGGCCUAGGAGGACUGGGAUUCAAUGCUCUUCAAAUUGUCCUCGACAUUGGGGCAAGAGUCAUUGUCUCUGAUAUCAGGGAAAGUUUGCUCGAGGAAGCAGCCGCGAUCGGGGUAUCUCGGGCAGACUUAGUUCCACCGGGGAAGAAAGUUCAGGACUUUGUUGUUGAACAAGGGCUUGGCCGGGAAAAUAGACACUGUCCUUGAUUUUGUUGGAACUCAUCAGACUUUCGAGGAUGCUCAGCAAAUAGUUCGUCGAGGCGGAAAGCUGUUGUGCAUCGGUAGUUUGGACACCGAGAACACCAUACACAUGAAGAUUGGAACUAGAAAGCGACUCGGCUACAUCUUCUCUUACGGAGGUCAGGUGAAGGACCUGAGGGAAGUUCUGCAACUCAUCGCAACAGGGAAAAUCAGGCCUAGAGUUGAGACAGCAAGACUGCGCGACUUUCCCGAUGUCUUGGAACGUUUAGAAAGAGGGGAGAUCAAAGCCAGAGUCGCUCUGAUGCACGAAUGACCUGAUAAUUUGGUCUUUCCAAGAGCUUGGGCAUUGGGUC